AUGCCCUACCCGUGCCGCCAUGCGAGGCUGUCAAUCACCAGGUCCCGACCAGUAAUUACCCGCCAGUGAUUACCGAGCAUCUCCAACAGGGGGUAAGACUGUUUUGUUUUGUUUACAAACAGUCUUCCUUUCUGUUGGCUCGGGCACACUGCUCUGGAUGGCUAGCAAUGUGCUUACAGUUAAGCACAACCCCCCCCACUCCCUAGUAAAACAAUCCCUACACAUAGUUAACCCUUUGAUCACCCCUCAUAUUAACCCCUUCCUGCCCAGUGCCAUUAGUACAGUGUCAGUGCUUUUUUUUAGCACUGAUCAUUGUAUUGGUGUCACUGGGGAUGUCAGUGACACAGAGUCAGUUCCCCCCCCAGUGUCAGAAUGUCUGCCGCAGUCCCGCUAAAAGUCACUG